AUGGGAGCCACAGCCAUGAAUUCACAACAGCUGUGGUUUCAGAGGCACAUCAUCACCUGUUCCCAUCCCCCUCCCUGCUUUUCCCCAUCCCCGCACCUGCUUCCACCCAUCCCCUUCCCUGCUUCCCCAUGUCCCCUUCCAUGCUUCCCCCCUCCUCUACCGUUCUUCCCCCGUUUCCCUUUACCUGCUUCCCCCCAUUCCCUUCCUUGCUUCCCCCCCUCCCCUCCCCUGCUUUCCUCCAGUCCCCUUCCAUGCUUCCCCUUGACCCCUUCCCUGCUUUCCCAUGUCCCGUUCUCUGCUUUCCCCCCAUCCCCUUCCCUGCUUUCCCCCAUCCCCUACACUGCUGCUUCCCCCCGUCCCCUUACCUGCUUAGAGUCAAACCCUUCCCAGCUUCCUCCCCUCCCCUUCCCUGCCUUCCUCAAUCCCCUUCCCUACUUCCCCUUGUCCCCUUCCCUGCUUUCCCUUACCCCUUCCCUGCUUUCCCAUGUCCCCUUCCCUGCUUCCCCCCCCCCCCCCUUCCGUGCAUACCCCCUUCUUCUUACCUGCUUCCCCCCAUCCCCCACCCUUCUUCCCCCCCCCCCCCCUCCCCUUCCCUGCUUCUCCCUAUCCCCUUCCCUGCUUCCGCAUGUCCCCUUCCCUGCUUUUCCCCAUCCCCUUCCCUGCAUCCCCAUGUCCCCUUCCUUGCUUUCCCCUAUCCCCUUCCCUGCUUCCCCCCCUCCCCUUUCAUCCUUCUCCCUAUCCCCUUCCCUGCUUCCGCAUGUCCCCUUCCCUGCUUUUCCCCCUAUCCCCUCUUCUGCUUUCCCCCAUCCUCUUCCCUGCUUCCACCCAUCCCCCUCUCCUGCUUUUCCCCAUCCCCUUCCCUGCUUCCACCCAUCCCUUUUCCUGCUCCCCCAUGUCCCCCUCCUUGCUUCCCCCCAUCCCUUUCCCUGCUUCCCCCCCUCCCCUUCCUUCCCUCCCCCCAUCCCCUGCCCUGCUUCCCCAUCACACCCUUCACUGCUUCCCUCCAUCCCCAUCCCUGCUUCCCUUCCCCACUUCCCCAUGUCCCCUUCCCUGCUCCCCCCCUUAUCCCGUUCCCUGCUUCAGUCGGAGCCUCCUGAGCAGCAGCACUUUCUGCGCCCGCCAUAUCUCUUCAUAUUUGAGUCAUCUGUGUGGUAA